CUGUGCUGGUACCGCGGCACUAAUUAUUCUAUUUACACCAAAUUUCGAGUUGUAAUUAAUGAAAUUCAUGUGUUUUUGUGUUUAAUAUUAACUGUGAAAGAUGUCCAAUUUAAAAAUAUGUCGAAUAUGUCUUUCAACUGAUGUAAAAAUGUAUGAAUACGACCAGUUUGAUCUGAGGACCUACUAUGAACAGAUUAUGGCCACUAAAGUAAAUGAAAAGCAUGGUCUACCUAAGUGUUUCUGCUACCAAUGUGCAGCUCUACUACACAAGUUCCAUAAGUUUAAGGAAAAGUGUUAUAUUGGACAGAAGGCUCUGAGGGAAAUUUUAUGGAAGGGACCUCUAACGAAGCAAGCAGUUCGGAACAUAGACAGAGAAAGCAAAAACAUUCUAAUACCACUAAGCAUAAUAACUGUCAACAAAAGAGUUCGGACAUGUGUAGUAAAAACUUCAAACAAAGUAAAAUUACAAGAAACCAAACCAAUUGAAGUAGAUGUGGCAUCUCUAAGUGACGAUGGAGAUUUUGGUGACGAUACAUUCGAAGACAACAAAGAACAUCUAAUCGAAAUUGAUAUAGAGAAAAUAGACAUAAAAGAAAAAAAAGAAGACUUCAUUGAACUGGAAAAGAUAGAAAAAGAUAAAAUAGAUGAUUUUGAAGAUUUAGAGCCAAUUGAAACUAAAAUACAACCAACAGAAAAUGUGAAUUUUGAAAUAGAAAAGGUGUUUACCGAUGAUGAAAUGCCAAGUGACAAUGAAAAAGUGUUUGUUGAUGACAUAAAAAUAAUAUCUGAAGACGAAGAAGAUUAUGAACCAGAGGUAACGAAAAAGAAAAGAACAAGAAAUACUGGUAAUAGUAAAAAGAAAAAAGCUAAAGAAACUAUACCGAAGGAAAAGAAGUUUGCAGUUAAAACUACUAAAAAGGCCGAAAUGGACCCGAAUAACUGGUUGAAAAUAAAUUUGACGGAAGAGGAGGCUGAUGCGGAGUUUAAAGCUAGAGGGCAGCACAAGCGAUAUUUGAACGCUCAGUACAAAUGUACGGAUUGUUUGAAAGGAUUCUCUAAGGAGGAUAUGUUGAAGAGGCAUGCUAAGUUAAGACAUAGUGAAUCAAACGGCCCAAUAGAGUGUCGUUUCUGCCACAUGCGGUUCAAAUGGAAGUGUUUCCUAAACAAACACAUGAGGCAACACUAUACUAAAUACAAAUGUCUGCGAUGUGAUCUCGUCUGUCCUUUAGAAACUACAGCUCUAUUCCAUGAAGAAUAUCACAAUGGUGUUACAAGGAAAUGCGAUCACUGCGGGGAAGAGUUCAAACAUCUAACAACGUACUAUACGCACCUACGCACGCACCGCAGCGAACACGUGUGUACUCUGUGCGGCGCCUCCUUCGUGAGUGUCACGGGGUUAGGCAUUCAUAAGAAGAUUAAACAUGUUAAUGCUGAGUCUGAACUACCGCAAGGCGAAGAGCAAUACUGUCAACGUUGUGACGUCAAGUUCGAAACAAGAAAAGCAUAUGAAGAACAUCUCAUACAUUCAGCCAUGCAUGUGGAUGGGAUUGAAGACUUAGAAAUAAAUGCACCUCUCACUUCUAACCCCAGGAAACGGCGGCAGAAUCUCAAAAGGCUGACUCGAAUACCUACUGAUUGUCAUAUCUGCGGCAAACACUUCGCGACGCAGGCAGCGUGUAGGAAGCACCAUCUAGCGGAACAUCCCAGAACUUCAUUCUUCGCGCCCAACGAGAGACAUAUCUGUGAGAUCUGCGGGAUGUCACUAGCGCCCGGCAGUGUUUCAAGCCAUCUAAACACUCAUACUCGAGAGAAGCUCUACACCUGCAACACUUGUGGGAGGCAGUUCAGUAGUAAGGGAGGAAUGACUACUCAUCAAUUGACGCACACGAGCGAGAAGCCGGUAGCUUGCACUCUAUGCGAUAAGCGGUUCAAACAAGUCAGCAGUAUGAAGCUUCAUUACAGGACCUUUCAUUUGAAAGAACCGUAUCCGAAGAGGAACAGAAAAAAGAAAACGGAUGAACUGUCAAAGGAUGAUUAUGUGCACGAAGAUUCGGACGACAAUAUGACAUUAGAUAACUUCUACGCGCGCAAGUUUUAGAUUAUAAGUUGUAAAUAAUUUAUUAAUACUCAUACUUUUUGUAUAUGAGACUAUGAUUAUAUGACAUUAAGAAUUAAAGUAGCUAAACUCCCUUUGCGUAGUUAGGUAAAUAUGAGCGGGUCUUAUGUUGCUCAUAUCAGACGGUUCACUCGAGUGAAUAUUCACCUCAUUUCAUUUAUCUUUUAUUCAAUGUUCAGACUUUAGUGGAAUGACAAAGAAAUGAAUAUUCUUUGUUUUUUUUAAAUAUGUCAUGAAGUGAUGUCGUGUCAGAAUCAGUUUUGUGAUCAUCAAAUCUGAAUGAACGUUUAUUUUUUGUUCAUUCGGAGUGGGAGUGAAUGAUGCGGAAUGUCAACAUCCAACAUCGUUGGAUCGGUUUACUAAUGAAUUCAUUCUGUACUCUUGUUUAAUUCUGAGUUCAGAGACCUUAGUACGAGUUUAAACUGUCAAACACCAAGCGGUCACCGGUGACCGCAACCUAUUGUUCUA